GGUUCUGCUUCCAGUCCAAACAACUUAGCAAAAUGGGAUUUUAUUGAGAACCCCGUACUCUUUCUGCAAGUGAGAAUCACACAAUGGAUGGCUUUGAAGCCAAGUUUCCACAGAACCCAGCUCUCAAAACCCAAAAGAUAGUCCUUGGAGCUCAAAUUUGCUUGAGAAUUUUGGCUAUUGCGACUUCACUGGCUGCGACAUGGGUGAUGCUCACUAGCAAACAAUCGGAAGAAAUUAUCGGCAUCACCUUUUAUGCUCGAUAUAGCUAUUCUUCUAGUAUGAAGUUUUUUACUUUUGCAAAUGCUGUUGCAUGUGCCUUCUCUGUGCUGUCCUUGCUGUUUGUUUUAUUUUUAUGUCGUCCAGGCCUAAGUUCUGCAAACUACUUCUACUUGUUCUUACAUGAUUUGUUUAUGAUGUCGCUGGUUCUUGCUGGAUGUGCGGCUGCAACAGCAGAGGGAUACAUCGGACGGUAUGGGAACGGCCAUGCGGGUUGGUCUCCAAUUUGUGAUCACUUUGGCAAAUUCUGCAACAAAAUGACAAGUUCUGUGAUACUUUCAUACUUGUGUCUCUGUUUCUUACUCAUGCUUACAAUCCUCUCUGCUAGUAAGUCCAGACAGGUUCAGGUUUUUAAUUAGAGAGUUUUAGCGUAGAUGGAUGAUGUGCUAUCCCAGGAAGAGGAGAUGGAAAGAGAAUGACAAAGAGGUGAUGCAGGGUGGGAUAGACGUAUAUGAAUGAAUCUGCUCUUGUAUUAAAAACAAGCCCCUUUUAAAAUCAAUCAAUCAAUCAACCAACUUCUUCCUUAA